AUGAAGCUUAAACUGGAAUUAACAUGUUUACGAUCAGUCGAAUUCCUAACAAGUCCUUGCUUUAACGUCACAGGGGACAACAAUCGGAUUCCCGUGAUCAGCUCUUUCAAGAUCAGGGACCAACAGAGAUCCGCCGUUUCCACCAGCUGGUUGCUUCCUUACAAUUACACCUGGUCCCCGGGGAAGAUCUUCGUCAGCACGCCUUCCGCAAACUACACGAUUCGGGAUUUCCAGAAGUUCUACGCGGACAUCGGUUUCGAAGACGGUUGGCUGAUGAGAAAAGCGACGGAAGCUUUGAUUUACAGCAUGGCGCCCCCCGGCGUGCGCACGCACUGCCUGUACGGCACUGGGGUCAAUACUCCAGACUCGUUUGUCUACGACAGCUUCCCAGAUAAAGAGCCGAAAAUCUUUUACGGGAACGGAGACGGGACAGUAAACUUAGAAAGUGCCUUACAGUGCCAGAAGUGGGUAGGUCAGCAGGAACAAAAAGUGAUGCUUUAUGAGCUUCCAGGAAACGAACAUAUUGAGAUGCUCUAUAAUAACUUAACCAUAUCCUACGUUAAAAAGGUUCUUUUCAGCUCAUGACACAGGAAGAGUUUCACUUUUUCCUCCCAAGAGGUUUAAAUGCUCUCUCUUUUUUUCUUUUUCCCAACGGGGAAGCACAAAAGAAUGUUUUGGACCUCUAUUUUUAAAGCUGCUGCUGUUUCUUUUCUUUUUUUCCCCCGGCUUAUCGAAUCUUGUUGGAAAUCAGUUACUUGUUUCCUAGAGUAACACUGGUAACAGAUUUGACAAAAUACACAAGGUGCCCCCUCUCCGUGCCCAUCCGUAUGAAGGUGGAGUGCCGCUUCUCUUGAGACGCAGAGAACGUCCCUCUUUCUAUAUUUAUUGAGCUAGGACAUCAAGGACCUUAGGAUGUCCUCGCCGAAAGGUCACCAAUGUUGGGUUGUUGUUGCCAAUACGAACCUGGGAAUUGUGAAGCCCCUGCAAAGGGUGUUUGACGAGACAGGCAGUGGUUUAACCUUAGAUUGGCCUCACCCAACUGUUCUUGAAGACAAUGCAGGAGCUUAACUAAAAUGAGGUGAGCGUAUUCAUUUGAUUCCUACUUGACUAGAUCAGGGGUCUGCAAACUUGGCUCUUUGAAGACUUGUGGACUUCAACUCCCAGAGUUCCUCAUCCAGCUUUGCUGGCUGAGGGACUCUGGGAGUUGAAGUCCACAAGUCUUCAAAGAGCCAAGUUUGCAGACCCCUGGACUAGAUGAAGGCCAAAGGAGCUCGCUAUCAGUGAUUUUCACGUUAUAUUUUAAGCUGGUGAUCCAGAUCAAUUACGAUAGCUGUGAUUUCAAUACUUGACCGUGUCAAUAUGGCCCAAGGGCCAGUGUUCAGAUAGGAACUAUUUUAGCCUGAUGCCUUUCACUUUGAGAUCCGGAGUGAUUCUCUAACAACCUGUUUUGUUGUUUUUGAAGUGAGAUACUAAUCCCACUAUUUUUGCUGUUGCACAUAUUGCCAUUGGGGUGUUGCUUAAGUCAGUUUCAAUAGCAUCUCUCCUCAAAUCCAGAUGUACACUCGAUACAGUAUGGACAUCUAUUUUUUCCCCCCGGUGUUUCUCCUGGUGGUGUCCAUUCUAAAGCCUAUUCCUUUGGUCGUAUCAUCUUGCGUAAAAGCUCAAAAUAAAAAUAAAAAAAUAGAAAGGCAUCACUCAGAUCUGCAGCAAGCGCUUGUGAGAAGUCCUUUGAAGAAACGACACCUAAAAUUAUCUGGAGCUGGAGAAGACUAAUGUUUCAAAGGUAUUUGGUAUUUGUAGCUACCCAAUAAGAGCCUGGAGUCAUCUGAUCGAUAGCAAAUAAUCUGAGUCUGUUUACAACAUGGGUGUAAGCAGUCCAACCUGUGGACUUCAACCAUGCUGGUUGGGUAAUUCUGGGAGUUGGAAGUCUACAAGCUGCCAAAGUUGGAGACCCCUGCUUUAGAGGAAUGCAGCCCAGUGCUGUUUUCUGCUUGCGUUGUCCUAUUCUACCCAGAGUUCCCGUCCGUUGAAUGUAGUUGCGAACAUUUGAAUGAUAAAUUGGACCUUUUCCAAUCAGUGGUUUCGUAGAAUGCUUUGAACGCAAAGCCUUCAGAUCUGUGCCAAACUUCCCAGCUGGAGUAUCGGAACCAAUCUGUAAGUUUCAAGGUCGUGAUUUCAAACCAGGCCUUCUCUGACCGGAAUGUGGAGCACCACUUGAAGACUCCUUGAACAAAUGGUAUUAUUGUUCCUGAUUCUAAGACUUUGGCCUGUGGGGCCUGAGGAAAAAAAACACCCAUGGAAUCUGCAGAAAACAUCUGUUCCGUCACUAACACAUAUAUGUUUAUGCCUUUUCAUCAUCUUCCAUUUUUUCCCCCCCUAGAUUGUAAAAUUUUGGGAAGUUCAAUUCAUUAUGUUUUAGGAUGGACUCGCAAGCCAAUUGCCUGCAAAAGGAUCAGAGUAUAACUCAUCCUAUUAUUCAAGUCGAGAAAAGCUUUUUCAAAUGGGUGUUGGCUUCUUUGUUCAAUCAUGCCCGUACUUUGUUGAAAGGUUGCUGACCAUCACGGCGAACCAGUUUACAACUUCUCAAACUUUUCCCCACUUUCUUCUGUGAGGAGAACUCUGCCUCUCGACAUUGUCAGGAAAUUUCUCUCUUUAAUAUAGUUAUAACUGCUAGUUCUUCGGGAUCACGGUGGCCCUGCAGCCUGAAAAGCCACCCUCCCGUGGCCCUGAUUAGAGGGUGAAAUGUUUCAUAGGAAUCGUUGCAUCGUGUCUAGCCUACAUUCAAAGCCUCAAGGUACCAUUAAGCGGCAGGUGAAGCACUGGGGCCAAAAUGCACUUUUCUAAGCUCCUUUUAAGGGCAGAUCCUUCAUUUGGCCUCAAUAGCAAAUUCUCCUGAGCUUGUUGGUGCCGAGAAUGGGAUAUGAAACUCCAUGCUUGGCAGAAUGAUGUGAAAUUCCUUCAGUGUUUGACUCUCUGGCACUGUUUACAAGAUGCCUGGUGCAGGAAGCGGGCAUCUAAGCGGCUCCCCCUCCCCAAAUGUGCAGAUGCCCACCGCUAAUCUCAGUUGAUAUUUAAAUCCUAAUAUUAAUCCACUGAUUGCACACAUGCCCAUAGAGGAAUUGGUUGCUCGGUAGACCAAGCGACGCUUCUGUGUGUGCCUCAGUCCAAUUUAAUAGUGCUGUCAGAAUUUUCCCCUCUGAUCCUUGAUCUAAAUAGGCUAGAGCUGUUUAGCCUUGGCCACUUUAAGACCUGUGGACUUCAACUCCCAGAAUUUCCCAGCAUGCUGGCUGUGGAAUUCUGGAAGUUGAAAGUCCACAGGUCUUAAAAGUGGCCAAAGUUGGCCACUUUGAUUUAGGCCGCCUUCUACCCUGCCAGGUAAGUGACAGUUUGCAUAUCAAUAUUUGUAUCCACUGCUAGCUGUCAAAUAUGAUUAGGUAAAACUUCCUUAGCUAUCUUGUUGGUGCUUCUGUAAAUGUUGGUUGUUGGUGGGUUGUUUUUUUUUUUUGGUUCUUUCAAGAAAUCUUACUCUUGCCAGUGUGCUUUUUCAGUGCCAUCCUCUGAAAAUUCAUCUUUGAGCCAUUUGUGUGAUCAAUCUUACUCUGGCAACCCACAGGAUCAAUUAAAAAUUGUUCUUACCACUUAAUAUUGAGAAUUAUGUAGGCUUGUAACCUCUAAGUAGAUUCCAACUUGCCCAGUGUCUUAAUUUAUCCAUGAGUCACGGCCACAAACAAACCUCAAGUAGCGGAUUAGUUUUGCAAAACUUAGUUUUCCGAACCAGGUGUCAACAGCCACAAUGGCUUUUUAAUAGCUUAUGGAAUUAAGUACUCAGAGUCAUGUUUUCACUGGCUAAAGAUGAUUUUGGUUGGAGGCCCCGCCCUAGGAUGUAUUUCGUGGUUUUAUUGGUUACCAAGAGCAUCUGAGGGUUGGGUUCCCUCGCCAAGCUCAAGGUGUGUCUUGCAAAUCACAAGUGCUUAUAAACAGUUUUUAAUCCACACAGAUAUUUGGCUUUUUGAAAACCCAAAUACUUUCUGAGGACCAAAUAUAGUACUGAGAUUAUAUAUAUAAUCCAGCAUCUGUAUGUGUGUGUGAAUGAACAUGUAUGUGUGUGUAUAGAUAUAUAUGUAUAUAUCAGUGGCGGGAUUCAACUAGUGUAACAACUGAUUCGCUGAGCAUGCGUGCCAAAUAUGCACUCUACACACGCACAGUAUUUCUGAAAACGGCUCUAACACCUUCUACAGCCCCAGUGAGUAAAGCAGCUAAAGUUUGCUCCAACAAUCGCUCUGCCGCGCCCAUCAGCUGAGCUUCAAAUAAAGGAAAUAUAGUUCAGUAUAGCGGGUGGGCACAGAUGAUUGUUGGAGCCAACCGGUUCGUUCUCAGCUGAUCAUCGGAGCUAACGGUUCAAACCAGCUGAAUCCCACCCCUGGUGUGUGUGUGUGUGUGUGUAUAUUUGUUUGUACAUAUGUAUAUGUAGGUCUUUGGUUAUUCGGGUUUUCUCCCGCGUAAAAUUGGAAGUGUCUACAAACACCCGCGAAAACCUCAGAAAACAAAUAUGUAUAUAUGUGUCCAUAUACACACAUGUAUGUAUGUAGAUGUAUGAAUGUAUAACUCUGCAGAUGCUAAAUGGGAGUUGAUCCCUCACUUAAGGUGUUACUGCUGCAGCAAAGUUCAAAGUUCACUCCGUGUAAGAAGCAAUAAGUGCAAAUUGAGAGAGUUCUUGCUAUUAAGCUUGUUUGUGUUGGGUGUGUUGAGACACUCGAAAGUUUCAGAGGCAGAAUAACCACGUUGCUCUUCGGUUUAACAGUAUUUUGUACAGAACGCUGUCUGCCAAGACUCCUUGUUUUUAUAAAUCAUUUCUUUGUGUGUAUGAACAAGUAGAUUUUUUUUCACAUUGAUCAUAUUUUAAUAACUUAAUAAAAGUCGUUGAAGUCCAAU